CCCGGCCCCGGCCCGUCCGGCCGCUCCGCCCCCGGUCCCGGCCCCGGUCCGCCCCGUCCGGUGGGGCGACCAGCCGCAUGGAGGCCGGUUGAGGAGCGCCGCCCCGCCUCGGCUUCACUCAUCGGUGCCAGGAGCCGCUACCCAGCCAUGGAGGGGGAGGAGGAGCAGGGCCAGCCACCUCAGGAGGCCGGCAUCGAACCUGUUGUGGCAGUGGGGGCCUCAGAGGUGGUGCCCAGGGUGCUUUCUGGAGAAUCCCAGAACCUGUCCGACGCGGACGCGCUGACCCUGCUCCUGGAGAUGAAGCUGAGGAGGAGGCGAGAGCGGCCCAGCCUGCCGCGCACGGUGACCGAGCUGGUGGCUGAGGACGGGAGCCGGGUGUACGUGGUGGGCACCGCUCACUUCAGUGACGACAGCAAGAAGGACGUGGUGAAGACCAUCCGGGAGGUGCAGCCCGACGUGGUGGUGGUGGAGCUGUGCCAGUACCGUGUGUCCAUGCUGAAGAUGGACGAGAGCACGCUGCUGCAGGAGGCCAAGGAGCUGAGCCUGGAGAAGCUGCAGCAAGCCGUGAGGCAGAACGGGGUCAUGUCCGGACUCAUGCAGAUGUUGCUGCUGAAGGUGUCGGCCCACAUCACCGAGCAGCUGGGCAUGGCUCCUGGCGGCGAGUUCAGGGAGGCUUUCAAGGAGGCCAGCAAGGUGCCUUUCUGCAAGUUCCACCUGGGCGACCGGCCCAUCCCCGUCACCUUCAAGAGGGCCAUCGCGGCGCUGUCCUUCUGGCAGAAGGUGAAGCUGGCCUGGGGCCUGUGCUUCCUGUCAGACCCCAUCAGCAAGGAUGACGUGGAGCGCUGCAAGCAGAAGGACCUGCUGGAGCAGAUGAUGGCGGAGAUGAUCGGCGAGUUUCCCGACCUGCACCGCACCAUCGUCUCAGAGCGUGACAUCUACCUGACCUACAUGCUGAGGCAGGCCGCCCGGCGCCUCGAGCUGCCACGCUCCUCCGACGCUGAGCCCAGGAAGUGCGUCCCCUCCGUCGUGGUGGGUGUCGUGGGCAUGGGUCACGUCCCGGGCAUCGAGAAGAACUGGACCACGGACCUCAACAUCCAGGAGAUCAUGACCGUCCCCCCGCCGUCCAUCUCCGGCAGAGUGUCCCGGCUGGCAGUGAAGGCCGCCUUCUUGGGCCUGCUGGGCUACGGCCUCUACUGGAUGGGACGUCGCGCCACCAGCCUGGUCCUGUCGCUGCCUGUCACUCAGUACUGUCUGCAGAGGGCGUCCACGGCCCGGCCGCACAAAUAGGAAGGACGAACUUGGCGGCGCGGCGGCUGCUGAGUCGCAGCAGCUGAGAGGCACUGGGGCGGGCCCCCCACCCCCACCCCCACCCCGAGGAGCUCUGGGCGCCACCCCCCGUGGGGGUCCAGGCCCAGCCACGCCUGCCCUCCCCCAACCCGCCCAAAUAAAGAAUUAUUUAACUGCUCUGA